UCAAUGUCAAUUUGUCGGAUUCUUGCUUCGUCUUUCAAACAAAUCUAUAGCCUUUACCUAAAUUACGAAAUUACAAGUAGUUAGUAUUCAAUUUAAAGAAGUAAUUCCAACGAAAUAAAGACUAGCAAAUAAAUAAUGAAAACUGGCUUGUUGUUCGGUAUCGUUGCGAACUCGAAAACGCGGGUGCGCUGCGUUUUCUGCGGGGUCUAUAUACCGAAGGCCACUAAAUGCAUCGAAGAGCACACCAACGGAAUGAAACAUAAGGAGACUAUAGAUUUGAUGUCGGAGAAUGGGAUGAGCUAUUACAACGACGACGAAUUGUACUGUAAGCCUUGUAAUGUUUAUCUCUCUGAGGAGGACUCUGUCGCUUCACAUCUGGAGGGUGAGGAACACGCGAAUUGGAUAGCCGCUAUGGACGAUUUGAUAGAAGGUGAGUUCAUAAACAUCGAUGCGUAUCUAGCCACUGAAAGCGAGGACGUAUUUUGCGAAGUGUGCAACACUAAAGUCACUUGCACCCUGCAAAAUAUAGAAGAGCACGUAAAUGACAUCCUGCACCGCAGCAAUGUAGCCGAAAAACUCAAGCCACUGAAUGGAAUAUUUCCUGUCGAGAACGACGAUGAGUUAUGGUGUAAAGUCUGCGAUGAGUACAUAGAAAACACAGCGCGAAGCCUGCUAGAUCAUAUUGAUGAUGACAAACAACAUGUUGAAUGGUUUAUGGAUAUAGAAGAUCUGAUUGAGGGACAGGAAGUAUCUAUUCAGGAUUACCUUAAAAAUGAGCAUGAGAAGAAUGCGUACUGCAACAAAUGUCAGAUGCAAAUACUAUGUAAUUCUCAAAGUAUAGAGGAACAUGUCAAUAGCGAAGCACAUUUCAACCAAUUUAGUUAAUAACUCUCAGGCCUUUAUUAGUUUCAAUUGUUUAUAUUAUGCAGGUCAUUGUGUAAGCUUGAUAUUUAUUUUUAGCAUCCAUUACCUUAAAACAUCUAUACCUAAUAAAUUUCCAAAUAUAAAAAAAAGCAAAAUUUAAUCAUAAUUAGUUAAUUAUUACCUAUAUUGUCAACUUUCAAGAAAACAUUAAUUUGGCAAUACACUAUAUUUCCUUCAAAUCUGAACUGAAUUCUUCACAUUCCUUUUUCAUUUAGUUGUCCAUUUUAAAUUUGACUACUAUCUGAUAAUAAACAUCAUCAGUGAAUGUGUUAUUUCUCAAUAGCAAUAUAGGUACUGGCUUCCUUGCAAUAAGUACAAUAACUAGGUUCAAUUUCUGGCAUUAAAUAUUAGGAUGAGUAAUGCAUAGUAAAGAGGCCAGUCUCACAAAACAUAAUGUAAAAAAAGUCUAAGAAGAAAAUGAACAACUUAUUUUUCUGACUUUGGUUAUAUAUAAAAGUCUGUGAGACCUGAAUUUGAGUUAUUGUACUUUUUGUAGGAAAGACGGAUCCCUUGCAACCAAGAGCAGCAUCUAUGACAGGACCAAUAUUAUUUAAAUUGCAUAACAGAAGUAAAUUGCAGUGGAAUUGGAAUUUAUUUAAAUCCUAUAAUUUUUUUACAAUGAUUAUUAUAAAAUAAUGUUGUCAGUCAUUCUAAUUUGUUAUUGUAAAAUACAUUUAAUUCAGGGAUUCGAAAAUUAUAAUGAUAUUAUUUAAUUAAUACUUUAUGCAUGUUUAGUUACAUUCUUUAUUUUUUUUGUGCAGAAACAUCACCAAUUUGUGUUCUGUCCUUCUAUUAAGUUAUAUGUAAUUUGAGGAAGGAAAAUAAGAAAAUGUAAUUUAAACCAGGUCCCACCUUUUUCGUUUAAAUAUUAUAUUUGAAAAUCUAGGGUUGUUCCAAAUUGAAAUUAUACACCAGUCCUAAUUUCAUCAAAAGUUGUUGUUUUUCAUGCAUUCUUUGCAUAAAUUAAUACAGUCCACAUUGAAUAAAGGUCUGGGGGUUUUUCCCACCUAUUGUAUAAAAUCCUGCACUUUUUAAAGAAUGUUUAGCCUAAGCCUAAGAUUUGGAGUGAUGCAUAAUUUUAAUUUGAAAUAACUACUGAUGUAAUUACUAUGAUACAACAAUGUAUAUUAAAGACAUUCACAAAUUGCUUUAUGAUGUCAUAUAAUAUCAGAGGGUGAAUGAUAAGAUAGGAAGAUGUGCAUUAAGCUAAUUAUAGUGUCACUUCUAUUGAAAAUGUCAGGUGUUAUCUUACCAACAACAUAAUUUACAUACAUUUCACCUUUUUAGCAUAAAGGGAGACCAUAGCGAUAUAUAUCUUUGCAUAAUUUAGAAAUAUUACAUAGCAACAUAACAUUAAGUAUGUAACUAUUACAAGACAUUAAUAAAAUUUUAAUGUGGCCUAAA